AUGGAUGGAAGGGUGAAUAUUCAUGGCCACACUCGCCAGAGUCCUAGAGACCGCAACGAAGAAGGGGACAACUCCUCAACUCGGGCUGAGCCGACCGAUGAUGAGAUCUCCGAGAUACAGGCAUACACAGACCCAAGAUCCAGCCCACAUAAUAAUCAAAAAGACAACCCAAAGGCACAACUCGGUCAUCUUACUCCGGCUCAGCGAAGGCGCGCCAUAAUUGGCGACGAGCAAGGUGGUCCCUCCUCGCAACCCGAGGCGUCUAUCAAGCAGAUACCUCGUGCCUCUUCUCCAACAUCUCUUACGCCGGAUAAACUUCAUCAAAAUGAUGGCGACGAGGGAAAUGCUCCUGUUCAUCCCACCACAACCGCAACUCAUGAGCCCGUCUCUGAAAAUGAGGCCCGUAGGAGGGCCCUUGGCUCCCAUGGCCCAGUGUACCAGACCUAUCACGAGUAUGGCAGCCAUGGACCCCAAAACGGGGCCUCGAAGUUUGGGAUUCCCCUAAUCUCUCUCAUCCCAAAUGCUCAAAACGGGGUACCCAAUCAUGGCGGCCAGCCUUACCAACACGAUUGGGGUACUGACCACCAGCGGGAGAUUCCCUCUCACCUCGAACAAAUACACACACCAGCCUUUAUGGAAAGUAAAACCUGGGCCUAUUCGAAAUUAAUUCUGCACGUACUUGCGAUACUGUUGUCUAUCUCCUCUCUAGGUCUGAUUUUGAGCCUAAUUCCUUACAGAGACGUAAUUUCGUCUUCGGUAAUGUUUUCGUUUCCGGUUCCUGCGAUCGCCAUAGGGUGGGGCUUUAUCGAAGUCAUGGCCUUCAUCUUCGUGUUGAAGGGUAGACCUGGCCCUGGGGUUCUCAAUGGGAUCUUACCCCUUGGCCAACUCGGCCUCUCGCUCGUUCUGGCACUCGCCUGCGUCGUUGUUGCGUAA